GAGGCGGGCAGGAUGGGUCUGCGCUGCCGUCUUCGCUGAGACUCGCUCGCGUGGGCUGCCCGCGGCGGGCCCACAGGCGGCCGCGGCAGCAUGAAGGGCGCUCUGGGGAGCCCCGUGGCCGCAGCCGCCGCCGCCGCGAUGCAGGAGAGUUUCGGCUGCGUCGUGGCCAACCGCUUCCAUCAGCUGCUGGACGACGAGUCGGACCCGUUCGACAUCCUGCGCGAGGCCGAGCGCCGGCGCCAGCAGCAGCUGCAGCGCAAGAGGCGCGACGAGGCGGCGGCGGCGGCGGCGGCGGCAGCAGCAGCAGCAGCGGCGGCGGCGGCGGCCGGAGCCGGCGGCCGUGGGGGCCGGAGCCCGGCCGGGGCCUCGGGCCACAGACCCGGCGCGGGCGGCGGCCGCAGGGAGUCCCAGAAGGAGCGCAAGAGCCUCCCGGCCCCCGUUGCUCAGCAGCCGGACAGCCCCGGCGGCGGCCCGCAGCCGCUCGGCCAGAAACGAACUCCCAGAAGAGGGGAGCAGCAAGGAUGGAAUGACAGCCGGGGCACAGAGGUGACGCUUGAUAGAGCGGAGCGGAGACCCUACAGGGAAUAUCGCCCCUAUGAGACCGAGAGGCCGGCGGACUUCACAGCCGAGAAGUUUACAGAUGAAAAACCAGUGGACAGAUUUGAUCGUGAGAGGCCUCUUCGAGGACGUGGAGGCCCGAGAGGGGGCAUGCGAGGCAGAGGCAGGGGCGCUCCCGGAAACAGAGCCUUUGAUGCUUUCGACCAGAGAGGAAAACGAGAUUUUGAAAGAUACGGUGGGAAUGAUAAAAUAGCAGUCAGAACUGAAGACAACACGGGAUAUGGAGUGCGCACUUGGGCAUCAGGGAAAGACACCAGUGACAUGGAGCCGACCGCCGCAGCAGAAGAGACCGCAGUGAUGGAGGAGUCCCAGGCCACCCUGGAGGAGGAAGCCCCAGCCAAAGUUCCUGAGCUGGAGGUAGAAGAAGAAACUCAAGUUCAAGAGAUGACCUUAGAUGAGUGGAAGAAUCUUCAAGAACAGACCAGACCAAAGCCCGAGUUUAACAUCCGGAAGCCAGAGUCCACUGUCCCUUCCAAAGCAGUGGUGAUUCACAAGUCAAGAUACAGAGAUGAUAUGGUAAAGGAUGACUGUGAGGACGACUCCCAUGUCUUCCGGAAAGCUGCAAAUGACAUCACGUCCCAGCUGGAGAUUAAUUUUGGUAACCUCCCUCGUCCCGGGCGUGGAGCCAGAGGCGGCCCGCGGGGAGGCCGGGGAAGGAUCCGAAGGGCAGAGAACUGCGGACCCAGAGCGGAAGUGGUGACACAAGACGCGGCUCCCAACCCCGACGACCCCGAGGACUUCCCUGCCCUGGCCUGAGGAGACGCCUGGCCGGGCUCUGAGGACAAUAGAUGUUGCUUUUCCCGA